UGAGUGCGUGUAUGCGUGUGCGAACACCGCUUCUCUCCUGUGAUUGUGUGUGUGCGCGCUGCGGACUAUAGAGUCGUAUCGGAGUCGGACUGCUCAGUCUGCACACACGUAUAAUAGGCAACAGCUCGGCAGUUCGGAGUUCGGCAGAGCGUAUAGAUAAACGUUUGUAUGCAUGACGCGCGCUUCUGUAUUUGUGCGAGGCGCACAUAAAUAUACCAUCGGCCUGCACACCAAUAUAACGCGUGCAUACUCGGCCGCCGCCGCCGCGCUCGAAGCGAUAAUUCAACGAUCCGCGAGCUGACGAGCCGAGGCAGGCAAUCGUCGCUUCUCCCGAGGGACGCUUGGAUCUCUCGGGACCGGAGUCUCGCCGCGCUGUCACGAUUUUUCGCGUCCUUGACGCCCCGAGCCGACCAAAGUUGCUUUUGUUGCUCCGACUUGCGUCCCGUCGCCGUCGCCGUCGCCUGUGCCAGCCAACCAAAUUACUUGCUGUGUCUGCAACUUUUGUUCAACGUUGUAUACAUCUACACUCGUGUGCGCGUGUGUGCGCGUGUGCGUGUGUUUAUAGCAUUGCAAUACUUCGCUGCCGUUUGUUGGUCUCACUGCCAACGCGCCGCCGACGCCUUCGUCAACAACUCCGCUUUCACCGUUCGACUGCUGCAUGUCUCGGGAUAUGUCAAUUAUACGCUGAUUCAAGUAGUAUAAUAAACAUGCAACGUGCAACGAUUAACGCUGGAUACCAAUGCUCCUGUUUAACACAACAACAACGUGACGACCACGAAUCUUGAUGGGCCCUGUAAAUGCAUCUUUCCUUGCUUGCCUGCACACUUGCAACUGUAGUUUAUUUCUGCGGCGAUAUUUCGCUUCAAACUUAGCUGUCAUUUAUUAUACCGUCACCCAUAAUAUACCAGCAACGUAACGAAUUUCAACCAUGUCUAUGAGGGAUUUAGUCGAGGGGGACUGCGGUGGACCCAAUCCUCUCAUACGCCUUACGUCCCAUUUCGUCAAGGAUCAUGGACUCAAAGAAGAGGGUGUCCGGGAGGAAUGCGGCCCGUCCAACAAUCAGUUUGUUGAUGUCAAUGAAGAGCACUACGCGCAUGCUUUUCUUGACGAACCCGCGGCUAUGCACCCACAAACUUUUAGGAUGGAAAGUUUGUUGCAAGAAAUACAAGAUUUGGACAAGCAACCUGAAAACUUGACGCAGCCUCCCAAAAAUACUUCUCAAGAUCCAACAUGGGCCAAUCAAUACUUGGAAUCUGGAAGUAACUUUCAACUUUACAACACUGACAACAUUUGGAAUACAUACUCUUCUGUGCCGGAAUUAGUAUCACAAACUUUUAGUGAUACAAAUGAAUUAGGCUUUGGGCCUGAGUGGGCUAAAGGUUAUUUGGGAGACGUUGGUCCAAAUGCUAGGAGCAUCGAGCAAUCUUUCAUGAAUCGAGCUGCAGCACAAAGUUUUAUGGAUCCAUCUAAUUUUCAUCCACCUAUUGAAAUAGUAAACAAUCAACAGCAAGGUAUGACUAGCAAUCCUGAUUUGGCAUAUUCUAAAUUCAUCAAGUUUAUGAGACAAGAAGGUGAUUUACCUCUGAGUGAAGCUGAAGCAAGAGUACAGGAAUGGACAAAAGAAUUGAAAGAAGAAAAUGAACCUAAACUAAUGAGUAAAGAUUCAGAGAAAAUCUUGAGUGACGUAGAUGAACAAAAUGCUGUAGCUGGCAGUUGGGUUGAAGAAUUUGAAAAAAAAAAUCUGUUUCCUCCUGAUGAUUUGGAAACACCUGAAUUUUGGGCAAAUUUUCGGAAGGAAUGGGAGAAAUCAGAAAAAGAAUUUUCUGGUAUUCCAUGGUCAACAGAUUCUGAUACAUUUUACGAUCCAUUUAAAGAAUAUACAUUCAGUGAAGAUAACCCGAUGCAAUCAAUUCCGAAUCCCCUUGAAGAAGGAAAACGAAGACUAGCUGAGGGUGAUUUACCUGGUGCUGUGCUUUGUUUUGAAGCUUGUGUCAAACAAGAACCAGAGAAUGGUGAAGCAUGGCUACUGCUUGGUAAAACUCAAGCUGAAAAUGAACAAGACCCACUUGCCAUUGCAGCUCUUAAAAAAUGCUUAGCAAUUGAGCCGGAUAAUUUAACAGCAUUACUCACAUUGGCCGUUUCUUAUACAAAUGAAUCCUAUCAAAUACAAGCUUGUUUAACUUUGAAAGACUGGUUAUUAAAAAAUGAAAAGUAUAAACACUUGAAAUCGUUAAAACCAAGUCAACGGCCUUCCCAACCAGAUGUUACUACAAUCAUGUUCAGUGAUGAACGUGAUGAAGUCAAAGACUUAUACUUACAGGCUGCUCGCAUGCAGCCUCAUGGGACAAUAGAUCCUGAUGUUCAGUGCGGAUUAGGAGUUCUUCUCAAUUUAGCCAACGAAUAUGAUAAAGCUGCAGAUUGUUUUAGAGCUGCUAUACAAGCUAGACCAGAAGAUCCUAAGUUGUGGAACAGAUUAGGAGCAAUUUUGGCUAAUGGCCAACGAUCGGAAGAAGCCAUCGACGCUUAUCACAAAGCACUCGAACUGUCACCCGGUUUUAUACGAGCUCGAUACAACCUUGGGAUUGCGUGCAUAAAUUUACAUGUUUACAAAGAAGCUGGUGAACAUUUAUUAACAGCACUGAAUCAACAGGCUGCAGCAAAAGGUGCCUCUGGAGAACGUGCUCCAACGAGAGUUAUGUCUGACACAAUUUGGUCUACAUUAAGACUCGUUUGUUCAUUGAUGCACAAAUAUGAUGCACUCAAGGCUAUCGAAGACAGGGAUCUUGAAACACUAAACAAAGAAUUUCAAAUGGAUGAAUUUCAAGUAAACGAAGGUUAAAACGAAUU